AACCCUUCUCGCCCCGGAGCUCAUGAAUAAUUCAUGAACGACUGCUGACACAGGCGUCGUAAAAAGUUGAGUUAAACUUUGGGACGGGAGUGAAGUUCGGGCAGCACCAACAAGAGAUAUCGAACUGGCCGAGGCAAAGAGAAAGUACCGUUCUUAUUACUUUUCUAAUGUAAGGAUACAUUUUAGUGUUUAAAAACCCAAAUCUAACUCUCAGAAUUGUUUUAACGCGAGUUUGACGGCAGCAAGGUGAUAACUUUUUUUUGUCCACACAGAGGGUUUAUGACCGUUUAAAGAGAGCUCAAGGUUUGAUAUCUCUCUUCGCCUCGAAACGUUUUCGUUUUAUAUUUUCUGUAUUGCGUUGUAACUUUUCUACGAAGCCAAAAUGAGCAACCCACUGCAGCCAAUGCCAGGACAACAAGUUAUCCAUGUCGCUCAGGACUCUGAUACGGAUCUUGAGGCGCUUUUUAAUUCGGUUAUGAACCCGAAACCCAGUUCAUGGAGGAAAAAAAUGUUACCCGAGUCUUUUUUCAAGGAGCCAGAUUCUGGAUCUCACUCCCGACAGUCGAGCACUGAUUCGGGCAGCCACCCGCCCAGGCUCACCGUACAACACGUACGGUCACAUUCCUCGCCCGCGUCCUUACAGCUUGGAUUGGGAACCAAUUCAACUCCAAGCCCAGUACAGCACUCGCACAACCGGCACCAGUCUUUCGAUGUUGCCGAAGAGUUGCCCCUGCCUCCUGGAUGGGAGAUGGCCUACACGUCAACUGGACAGAAGUACUUUCUCAAUCACGUGGAAAAGAUCACUACUUGGCAUGACCCUCGUAAGACCAUGACGGCCGCCAUGAAUCAGAUGAGCCUCCACGCUCCCCCACCCUCCGCCACCCCACAGCAACGCAACAUGGCCCUGUCCCAGCCCAACCUCGGAGAGCUACCUGAUGGCUGGGAGCAGGCUGAAAACCCUAGUGGAGAAACCUACUUCAUUGACCACAAAACACACAGAACGUCUUGGCUCGACCCGCGCGUGGAUGCUCGCCUCAUGAUGUCCCAACACCAUCACCAGCAGCAACUGCAACACGCCCAGCAGCAGCAGCCCCAACAGGCCCAAGCCUUAGGCUCACCUGGCUCACUCCCCCAGCAGCAGAGCUCCCAGGCUGGGAUGAUGAGCCUGUCCAGUCCCCUGGGCGUGGGGGUCAGUUCCCAGCACCAGCAGAAGAUGAGGCUGCAGCGCAUCCAGCUGGAGAGGGAGAGGAUCCAGAGACGACAGGAGGAGCUCAUGAGACAGGUGGCGCUGUGUAGACAGCUGCCCAUGGACUCGGAGAGCAUGGCACCAGUGCCCACCCCCGGUGGCAACCCUGCCCAGCCCAUGACACAGGGCAACAUGCCCACCAAUGGAUCCGACCCCUUCCUCAACAGUGGUCACUUCCAGCACUCACGGGAGCAGAGCACAGACAGUGGCUUGGGGCUGGGCUGUUACAGCAUCCCCACCACCCCAGAGGACUUCCUUAAUAACAUGGAGGAGAUGGACACAGGUGAGAGCUUGGCCCAGGCGGGCAAUAUGAACGUGCCCCAGCACAGCCGCUUCCCGGACUUCUUGGACUCGCUGCCAGGCACCAACGUGGACCUGGGAACCUUGGAGGGAGCAGACCUCAUCCCCAUCCUCAACGACGUGGAGUCAGUCCUCAACAAGAGCGAGCCCUUCCUCACUUGGCUGUAAACACACACACACACACACACACACACACACACACACACACACACACACACACACACACACUUCUAUACACAUAUAUUCACAGCCAUACAAACAGGAUGAAAGACUCACUCCACAUAUCUAAAGACUACCCUUUGCUACUUUUUCAAAUCAGCAUUAUCUCUUCUUCCCACUUCUCCAUGUGUACAGUAAUAUUAUGCUCUGUCUGUCUAACCUCAGUCUGCCAGACCACAUAUCGUCAAUCUGAGUUCAGUUUUGGAUCAAAGAUCGAGUAUUAAUCAAAGCCUUGAGAGAACAAAAGCAAAUCAAAACAUGACAUGUAUUAAAGUAUACUUCACUAUUGAAGUUACUGUAUGGUAAACUAACAACGUUAGUACUUUUGGUUUUGUAUGUCCUAUAAGACUUCCUCCGAUAACCCACUCUGGUUUUGUAAUCACAAUUGAUUAAAGCAAUUCCACAGCU